AUGGCAAAGCCCAGUGAAUCAACAAAGUUAGAAGGAUUGGGCGGCUUUUAUGAGUACGCUGGUUCCGGAAAAUUGAAAGACAAGAAGGCUCUCAUCACUGGUGGAGACUCCGGGAUCGGGCGAUCCGUGGCGAUCCUGAUGGCCAGAGAGGGUGCAGAUGUCACAAUCGUUUACUUACCAUCUGAACAACCGGAUGCAGAGGCGACCAAGGCUUCGGUAGAGGAAGAGCAGCGGACAUGUCUUCUCAUCCCGGGGGAUUUACGAGAUCGCAACCUGUGUCGCCACGCGGUUGAUGAACAUGUAAAGAAACACGGCAAGCUCAAUAUACUUGUGAAUAAUGCAUCAAAGCAGUACAUGUGUGAGGUUUUUGAAGACAUCGAUCUGGAUAAGACCGAAGACAUAUUCAGGACCAACAUCGUUCAGAUGAUUGCGAUGGCCAAGUUUGCUCUCCCUCAUAUGAGCCGUGGGGACUCCAUAAUAAACACGUCUUCCAUCGUGGCUCUGCGUGGCUCCGGUACUAUGAUCGACUACGCUGCGACCAAGGGAGCCAUCAUAAGCUUUACCAGAGCUUUAGCGACUUACUUGAUCCCCAAAGGCAUUCGGGUCAAUGCAGUGGCCCCCGGGGCGAUAUAUACCCCAAUUCAAGUCGAUACCCGAGAUGCUCAGCAGAUGGAAGGAUGGGGCCAUAAGGUUGGUCUAGGUCGACCGGGCGAGCCGAGUGAGGUUGCAACAAGCUUCAUUUUCUUGGCUAGUGCAGAUGCUUCUCUGUACUGUGAGUGGUCAAACCCCCCAGAAGUGACCAUGCCCACAUUUCCCCCCCUCGGUCUUUUUUCUAACCCAACUUCUACAUCUAGAUGGGCAGAUACUGUGUUGCUUUCCUCUUGGCGAUUAAAUGGGCAAUUAGGUUGGACUUCUAAGGGUCUGAGGUGGAACAGUUACACAAAAGCCCCUGCAAACUGA